AUGCAGGAGUUUCCGGCUCCGCAGCUUUGGCCCGGGCUGCAGGAACCCUUCCGCGCCGAGCUGCGGGUGAUACUGCACGAGGUGCAAUUCUGCAAAGCCGUGGCUGCAGAGGAGGUCGUUGCCUGUGCAGAGCUGGACAUGGCCGUCGAGCGGCUGCAUGGCCAUCGCCUUCCGGCGCCGCAGUGCAGCGAUGCCCGACCCUUGCAGGGCAGCCGGGCGAGCUUUGAGUGGCGCUUCACCUUCCCGAAGCUGCGACUCAUCACGGGUGAGGUGUCCCUGGCGGUGAGUCUCCUGGAUGCCAAGACCUGGGAGCUCCUUGGCCAAGUGACUCAGUCCCUGAAGGACCCGCUGAAAUCCGUGUCCGCAGCCGCAGACCGACCUUCUCAAUGUGAGUUCAACAGCCUGACCGUGAAGGCUGUGGGCAAGAGCUACCGCAAGGGCUCCAUGUCCAUCUCUGUCUCAGCGCUGCCAAAGCAUUUGGCGGAGGACUUCCCAGCGAGCAGUGGCCGAGCGGCGGGCAAGGUGCCCUGGGACCAAGACACCGCCCGGAGCGUGAAGGAACAGGAGUUCAGUGCCCAGCGGCUGCAGUGCUGCCCGGCAGUGAGCUGCCGGCCGGCCCGGCCGCGCAGGCGCCGGCGGCGCUGGUGGCUUGCCGCCCUAGCCCUGCUGGCUGCCGGAGCCUGCAAGGACGCAUAA